GACAUCUGUACCAAACGACGUAAUCGGAAUUAUACCCAAACUCUCAAUCGAAAAUCAGCAUUCGGCCUCUUUCGCAAUCAUGAAGUUCAUCACGGCAAUCUCCUUCCUCUUUGCUGCGGUCGCAUCCGCUCAGUCCUGCGUCGGCAACGAGCUUCAAGUUUGUGAAGGCAACAGGAUCAAGUUCUGUAACCUUGCAAGAAACAACGUCUUCGAUUACAUGGACUGCGGCAGGCAGAAGUGUCACAACGUCGAUGGAGGAGCAAACUGUCAAUAAUCUGGGCGUGGCACUGAGCUUGCAGGGGGAUAUUUUGAAUGAAAUAACGGUCUGAGGCAUAGAGGUAUUGGGGUAGAAGUCACUGAUCUGAGCUAAAGACUGAUCUGGGUACGUCAUGAAGCACGGAAUGAUUAAUACUGAUUGAGAGCUUUCCCGGCGUUGUAGGAAUUCCCAACCAUCAUCGGCGAUUCCGGCAUAACGUCCGUGUUAAUCGCUGCGAAUUGCACACUCUUGAUUCCUCUUUAGACGGAACACGCUCCCAGAAUAUGAGUCAACGCAACAUCAUUCCACAAAUGGUGCUGGCCAUGUUAUGUGUGCAUCGAUGACAGCGACGGCUAGGUCGAAGUUCCUCGGAAUUGGGCAAGAUGCAUAAUAGUCUACGAUAUUUCUACCUGGUCAUGAUACCUUGUCUCAACUAAGUAGGAUGAAGUUUGAUGGAUGCCCAGGACCAGGUUCGAUAGUACAGUAACAUUAAGCUCUUCCUUUGCCCCGACUCGCACUUUGCACAGCUAGUUCAUUGUCAUGUUCAUUUUAGAUCCAACCUUCGUGCCGUUAUUUGGAAGUUUAGCCCUCAGCAAUGAAAAAGGACGCUGUCUUGAGUCUGUUCCGGGGUAGACUGCCGGACCGAAUGCCAGCUGAUUGUUUGUGAAGUAGAUAUAUCCAUCCGUGGCAACAGAGAACUUGAAU